AUGGCGGAAGGCAUGUUCUACAACGUCUCGAACGGCUACGUUGAAGGCAUCGUUCGAGGCUACAGGAACGCGCUGCUCACAUCACAGAACUACGGCAACUUGACACAAUGCGAGACGAUAGACGAUGUCAAACUCCAACUCGGUCCAGCGUACGGUGACUUCCUCGCCGCCCUCCCUCCGAACCCAUCCACCUCCUCCCUCGCCGACAAGACCCUGGACAAAAUGGUCGCAGAAUUCCGCUAUAUCCAGGCCAACGCCACAGGCAGCCUAGCGAAAUUCAUGGACUACCUGACCUACGCCUACAUGAUCGACAAUGUCGCCCUCCUCAUCACCGGCACCCUACACGAGCGAGACACACGGGAACUACUAGAGCGCUGUCAUCCUCUGGGAUGGUUCGAAACAAUGCCUGUCCUCUGCGUGGCGACCAACAUCGAGGAAUUAUACAACAGCGUCCUGAUCGAAACACCACUGGCACCCUACUUUAAAGGCAGCCUAAGCCACCAGGAUCUAGAUGAAAUGAACAUCGAAAUCAUCCGCAACACCCUUUACAAAAACUACCUGGAAGACUUCCACCGCUUCGUGAACGAGGAGCCCGGCAUCAAAGGCACACCAACCCAACAAGUCAUGACCGAAGCCCUGGAAUUCGAAGCCGACCGCCGCAGCAUCAACAUCACCCUCAACUCCUUCGGCACCGAACUCACGAAGCAAGACCGCAAGAAACUCUACCCCAACUUCGGCCGCUUGCACCCGGAAGGCACGCUCAUGCUUUCGCGGGCCGAGGAUCCCGAAGGCGUGCGGAUCGCCGUCGAUGGGGUGUCGGAUUAUCGAGAGAUGAUGGAUCAGACAGGGAUGGGUGGCGGUGGGGGUGGGAUCGGGAAUCAGAGUGGUGGGGUUGGAGGGGAUGAGGGCAAGAGUUUGGAGGAUCUGUUCUAUGAGAAGGAGAUGAUGUUGAGUAAGCUGGCGUUUACGUUUCAGUUUACCCAUGCUAUUGUUUAUGCUUGGGUCAAGUUGAGGGAGCAGGAGGUGCGGAAUAUCACUUGGAUCUCUGAGUGUAUUGCGCAGAACCAGAAGGAUAGGAUCGGGAACUAUAUCAGUGUCUUUUGA